UCAGACAUACUCAUCACGACGCAGGAUCAACCAACAUGGCCCGCCUUGCAGCUUAUAUUGUCAUCUCAGUGCUGACGAUAUGCGUCAGUGGCCAACGUCAUUGCUACAGCUGUAAUGAACGUGAACGACCUCAGGACUGUGAGAACGUGGCCACGUGUAGUGCUGGAGAGCAAUGUAUAACUGACAAGUACAUCAGCGAAGAAGGUCAUACGUUUUUUAACCUUGGCUGCCGACCUGGGAGGGUGUGCCAAAUUCUGAAUCAGUUCGGGAAACGCGCUCUCACUGCGUCCGUCAGCCGCGACAAACGACGUCUGAUCCACCUGUGUACCAAGUGCUGCGACACCGACUACUGCAACAAGGACAUCUGCGCUGAUUCAACUCCCCCACCAACAAUGCAAAAAAGAUGCUACGUGUGUGACGACCUGACCAAAACAACUCAGUGUGAGUUCGAGAAGUCCUGUGAGCCUGACGAGGUCUGUUUUAGUGAGGAAUAUUUGAACGACAAUGGCGAGUUCCGUAUCAACCUUGGGUGUCAACGUAAAGUGGUUUGUGACGCCCUGAGUUCUGCAUUGAAGAACAAUCAACAGACAGGUCGCGACACCGGCGUCAACCACUUAUGUAACGCAUGCUGCAGCAGCGACCACUGCAACCUCACCCCCUGUAAAAAUAUCACAAAUGCAUUUGUGGCUGGGAGACGAUAGUUGGCUGUCAGUAGAAGACACUCCACCGGAGGUUGCCAUGUCUGAAAUGUGUUCAAUAAACCACUCUCCUUUAUGAAAUGUUGUGCAACGUAACGAUGUCCUGCAAUGUAUGCUUGUAGUAGAAGACGAUUAAAUAGAUUUAUUUAUCCAUAUGGUGAAACAUAA